AGAGGGUUCCGCGCGGGUAAAGGGGCCGCCCCGAGCGCGGUCCGAGCGUUCAGCGGACUCGUGCCUUCUCGCCCUCCGGCCUCACCGCCAGCUCCUCCCUAGUCCGCCGCCGUCACCCGGGAAACCGGCUGUGCUCGCCCGCAGACCUGAAGCUGGUUUCAUGGCAGCCUCGAAGAAAGCAGUUUUAGGGCCACUGGUGGGAGCUGUGGAUCAGGGCACCAGCUCGACGCGCUUUUUGGUUUUCAAUUCAAAAACAGCAGAAUUACUUAGUCAUCAUCAGGUGGAAAUAAAACAAGAGUUUCCAAGAGAAGGCUGGGUAGAACAAGACCCUAAGGAAAUUCUGCAGUCUGUCUAUGAGUGUAUAGAGAAAACGUGUGAGAAGCUUGGACAGCUCAACAUUGAUAUUUCCAACAUAAAAGCUAUUGGUGUUAGCAACCAGAGGGAAACCACCGUAGUCUGGGACAAGUUAACUGGAGAGCCUCUCUACAAUGCUGUGGCUGCUCCAGUUUCUCCUGACCCUUCAGUUCCAGUUGCCGUUGCUCCCUCUGGCUCUUCAGUUCCAGCUGCUGGUACUUCGUCAGUGUGGCUUGAUCUAAGAACCCAGUCUACUGUUGAGAAUCUUAGUAAAAGAAUUCCAGGAAAUAAUAACUUUGUCAAGUCCAAAACAGGCCUCCCACUUAGUACUUACUUCAGUGCAGUGAAACUUCGUUGGCUCCUUGACAAUGUGAAAAAAGUUCAAAAAGCUGUUGAAGAAAAUAGAGCCCUUUUUGGGACCAUUGAUUCAUGGCUUAUUUGGAGUUUGACAGGAGGAGUCAAUGGAGGUGUCCACUGUACAGAUGUAACAAAUGCAAGUAGGACGAUGCUUUUCAAUAUUCAUUCUUUGGAAUGGGAUAAAGAGCUAUGCGAAUUUUUUGAAAUUCCAAUGGAAAUUCUUCCAAAUGUCCGGAGUUCUUCUGAAAUCUAUGGCCUAAUGAAAAUCUCUCAUAGCCUGAAAGCUGGGGCCUUGGAAGGUGUGCCAAUAUCUGGGUGUUUAGGGGACCAGUCUGCUGCAUUGGUGGGACAAAUGUGCUUCCAGGAUGGUCAAGCCAAAAAUACAUAUGGAACAGGAUGCUUCUUACUUUGUAAUACAGGUCAUAAGUGUGUGUUUUCUGAACAUGGCCUUUUGACCACCGUGGCUUACAAACUUGGCAGAGACAAACCGGUAUAUUAUGCAUUAGAAGGUUCUGUAGCUAUAGCAGGUGCUGUUAUUCGCUGGCUAAGAGAUAAUCUUGGAAUUAUUAAGUCCUCAGAGGAAAUUGAAAAACUUGCUAAAGAAGUAGGCACUUCUUAUGGCUGCUACUUUGUCCCAGCGUUUUCAGGGUUAUAUGCACCGUACUGGGAACCCAGUGCAAGAGGGAUAAUCUGUGGACUCACUCAGUUCACCAAUAAAUGCCACAUUGCUUUUGCUGCUUUGGAAGCAGUUUGCUUCCAAACCCGAGAGAUUUUGGAUGCCAUGAAUCGGGACUGUGGGAUUCCACUCAGUCAUUUGCAAGUAGAUGGAGGAAUGACCAGCAAUAAAAUUCUGAUGCAGCUACAAGCAGACAUUCUGUAUAUCCCUGUAGUCAAGCCCUCCAUGCCAGAAACAACUGCAUUGGGUGCAGCCAUGGCAGCUGGGGCUGCAGAAGGAGUAGGCGUGUGGAGUCUUGAACCCGAGGAUUUAUCAGCUGUCACGAUGGAGAGGUUUGAGCCUCAGAUCAACGCUGAGGAAAGUGAAAUUCGAUAUUCUACUUGGAAGAAAGCUGUGAUGAAGUCAAUGGGUUGGGUGACAACACAGUCUCCAGAAAGUGGUGACCCUAGUAUCUUCUGUAGUCUGCCCUUGGGCUUUUUUAUAGUGAGUAGCAUGGUAAUGUUAAUCGGAGCAAGGUACAUUUCAGGUAUCCCAUAAAUAGUAGAACUGAUGGAUCCCCAAGAUGCAUCCAGCAAUUUUGUCUCUUAAUGUGAUGACACUAUUCAUAGACUCUGAUUUUAUUUAUAAGCCACUUGCUGCAUGAUCCUCCAAGUAGACUUGUGGCUUGAAAUAAAGAAAAUGCAGCAGAAAGAAUGCUAUAGAAACAUUUGGUGUGUUUUUUAUCAUCACCAGUUAAGGAUGGGUUGACCAGUUUGGAGGCUGAUGCUUCCAUUGCCAUAACAUGCUGGCUCUUUCCCUCUAGGAGCUAGGAAGAUGCUGCCCACUGGAAUCUCAUCAAACACAUUCAAGUGGUAGUAGAGCAGGAUUUGAUUCUCUGUACUACACAUGCUUGAUGAAGCCAGGACACCUGCUAAAAUUAAGUGAACUUUUUGUAGCAGACCCCCUCCCCAAAGUCAUUUUUCCUACAUUUUAGAAGACCACAGCAGACUUUCACUGAAUGGUUAAAUGGAAAUCUACUAAAUUACUAAUAUUUAGUACUUCCUUGGUUAUUUUUCUUUAAGAAGCAUUUACCAAACAAACUUCUCAGACAUUUUACAUGGUUUCAUUACUUAAAAUUCAUUUCUGCCUGGAUCAUAUAAAGAACAGCACUUACCUUUUCUUUCUUUUUUCUUCAUCUUUUCUUUGUAUACUUCUUACUUUGUAUGUGUAAUAUACAUACCUAUACAUUUUUUAUGCCAUGAGGGUAGCUCACUCAUAAAUUAGAGCACAUUGUAUUCAGUAGAUUAUAACAGGGUUCUUUUUAAGUGGACUACUGUGUAUAUAACUAUUUGUGGAAAACAGCUGUAUACAUUUUGGGGCAGUGAUCAGACAUAAUUUUUUAGGAGAUAUUUUUUCUUAAAGAGUCAACACUCAAAUUUUAAGCAUAUGUUCUAUGCCAAUAAAAAUGUACUUCAUUAUAACUUCAACUAUUUUUCUUUUAUAAUAUUUUUAAUUUAGUUGUCUUAGCCAGAUACAUGCUACAAAAAUAAGGAAAUCUUUGGAAUAGUACAGUAAAUAUUAUUUUCAAACAUAAGCACUAAUCCAAAUAGGGUAAUUUUUCAUUGAAUUCUUUUUCACAUAUCAGGUGUCUCAUUAGCACAGAAGUGUAGCAUGUCAGUCUCAUAGUUUGCACAUAUUUAAGAUCCUUUUGAGAAACUGAAGAGUUAAAAAUAGAAGUAGAGAAAACUAUAGCAACAAACCAAGAAUCUCUUUCAAUUAAGAUGUUUUCAACUAAUAAGAAAGUAUGAUUUCUUUCCAGGGUGACAUAAUUACCUACUUCAUGUAUUUAAACAGAAAAAGUUUGAUCUAUUAGAAAUGAUUUUUGAUGAGAAUAUUUUCUCAAAAUAUAUAGUAUUGUACUUAAAAACACAUAAUCUAGCUUCUUAACAUUGAUUUUUAAAAUAUCUGAAAAUGAAUUUGUUUUAUAAUAAUAGAAUAUCUCAUUUUUAGUGUUGAUUGGGAAAAUAUUUAUAUGGUAAUAUAAAAGGUUUGUUUUCUUUGGAAUUAAUAGUAGCCUGUAUUUACUAUUUUGACUGUCUGUAAAUUAUUAAAUUUUGCUGGGUUUUAUUGAUGUAGCUGACAGUUAAUUAAUUGAAAAUAGGGUAGGUAGUAUUUACCAUGUAUUUAAAUUUUAUUAAUAUAGAAAAUACUAUGAAAUCAUCACUUUCUGGCAACUAUUUUAAAAAAUGAUUGUUUCUACAAAAGUAGAUUAAUUGUAAAUAGUUGUGAAAAGUCAUUGUUUAAAUAAUUUUAAGAAUGCAUGAAUUUUCUAAAAAUUGCAAAAUGUAUAAAUGUUUUAAAUUGUACACACUGAUAAUUUAAUAAGCUCACAACAAAUAAAUUGACCCCGCAUUCUUACUUGCAUUUCUCAUUUGCAGCCUAGAACUUAGACUAAAGUUAAAUUAAGAAGGAUGUUGCUGGAAAGGUGAAACUCAGAUAUUAGUCCUUAAUCAGGCACAUUCUGAAACAUUAUCCAGCAUCCAAAGAAGUAG